GGUGGCAGCAAACAUGAAAAAGAAGUUUGAAAAAUAUUGGGGGAAUUGGGAGAAUGUGAACAACUUUAUUUAUCUUGCGGUUGUUCUUGAUCCAAGAUACAAGCUGCCUUAUUUGGGUUUCCAACUAAAUAAGGUAGGGAUGGAUAGUGAGUUGGUGAAAAAGAUACAAGAUGAGGUAAAAAAAAAUGCUUCAUGACAUGUUUAGAGAGUAUGGAGAGAGCCAUCCUAGAAGAAAUCAACCAAUUGAUGGUGAAAAUGUUGGUGAUAGUGAUGAAGGAGAUGAAGAGGGUAGUGAUAAUGAGGAUGAGGAUGAGGAUGAUAUGUUAUAUCAUCAAUCUCUAAGGGAAAUCAAGUCGUUGCAUUAAGUGAUGAGGUUGAUAGAUACUUGCAUGAACCUCACUUGGAGGUUAAGAAGAAUAAGUUCAAAAUUUUGCCUUAUUGGAAAGCAGAGUCAGGUAGAUUCCCAAUUUUCACUAAGAUUGCCAAGGACAUAUUUGCAAUGCCGGUUUCUAGUGUGGCAUCCGAAUGUGCAUUUAGUGUGGGAUCAAGGGUUGUGGAUCCUUUUAGGAGUUGUUUAACUCCUAGAAUGGUGGAGGCAUUGGUAUGCACAAGUGAUUGGCUUAGGGCGGAUGGAUUUAGCUAUUACAAGGAUCCAACUCAUCUUCAACUAGAGCUUUAUGCAACCUUGGAAGAAGUUGAACAAGAGAUUUUAUCAACUCAAAAUCUUCGAGGAAUGCCUAUUGGUGGUAGUACUUCAGCAGCUCAUACAUAUGAUACAUUCGUACAAGGUUCCACCACCUAAGCUGUUGCAGAGUGGAGACUGCAGUGAAGUUGCCUGCUUCCUGAUGGUGCUACUGAAUGAU